AUGUCCAUCGUGAUGAAGUGCUGUUCAAGCUGGCACUGUGGCCCUCUGAUGCGCCUGUCGUGCCUUGCGACGACUGCUUCCAUCCCACCGUAUCCACCGCUGUGUCCGCCGCUGUGUCCGUCGCCGUGUCCGCCGCUGCACUCCUCUUCGUUGUACCUCACUAUGCGCUAUAGCCAUUCGGUCAUUAUGCCCGUCGUUGUGCCUCGCUGCGGACGCCGGCGCAUGUUGAGUUUAUCGGUAGCUGAAGUUGCACGCGACCUCCAACUCAGUGGGCCAAUAGGUCCUCGCGGCGGUCGAGAGCAGCUUGCUGAGGAAGAGAAUGGACUGCACCUUGCCGUGCUUCACGUCUUCCAACCGGUCGGGAGCUGGAUCUCCCAGAACGUGAUAGACCAUGACCACAAAGCCGUAAGCUUUGGAGGCGUCGACGUCUAUGUACAACCGACCUCGAGGACCAAAAUGCACCAGAAUUCUCUCCACCGAGAAGGCGCCUUGCAAGGCUUCGUAGGAUUCCCGGACGUCAGCGUCGUCUCGCACCCCGUCGUAGUCUGCGUGUAUGUCAGAGUCUGGCUUAUCCAGCCACAGGCGCCGACUUCAGCAAUCGCGUCUCCUCAUGCUGUAGAGCUUCUGACAGUUGUGCGUAAUAGUCCACGUACUGAAGUAGCCAUCCGGUCAAGCCCAAGUAGUGCUCAAGUUCCUUCAGGGUCCUAG